AUGUCAGCAGACGACGCCCACAUCAACAGACAACGGCGAGCACGUCAACGAAGACACAACAGGAAUGACGUAAAGCACAGGACGACGAACAGUGACAAGGCCCAGUACUCCCCACCACUCUCUCCCCCCUCCAUCAGUCCCCACCACUCCAUCCACUCUCCCUCUCUUCCCUCCCUCCAUCCUUCUUCCCUCCAUCUGUCCCUCUUCCCUCCCUCCAUGCCCCCUCUCUCCAUUCCUCCCCCCUCUCUCCCUCACUCCCUCCCCUCCAUCACUCCCUCCCUCCUCCAUCACUCCCUCCCCUCCAUUCCCUCUCCAUCACUCCCCACCACCUCUCCCCAUCACUCCCUCUCCCAUCACCCCUCUCUCCUUCACCCCCCUCCCUCCCCUUAA